AUGUCGUCGCUGGAGCAUCGGCGGCUACAAUUGGAGUUCUUGGAGGUGAGCUACCUGUCGUUCAUUGCUGGUCUGGGAGCUAAGCUGAAGGGGACACGUGAGGAAGUCAGGCAGGAGGACAUCCGUGCACCGACAUGCGCCUCAACAUCAAAGCUUGUGUCCGCAGUGCGCGAGAGAUGGUUUGUGCUAAAAGACACGUACGUGGCUUACAUUCGACCAGAAGAUGGCGCUGUGUGUCACGUCCAGCUCAUGGAUAAUGGAUUUCAAGUACAUAGCGGUCAGGCAGAGACGAACGUCAAGCACGGCAUCAAGAUAUGCAGCUUGUCAAGGGAGCUGCUGGUGCAGUGUUGGACGAAGCGUAAGAUGAAGGAAUGGUGCGCAGACAUCAAGCGUGCGAUGGAAACAUCCGGCAAGGACUUCAUACAGACUAACAGAUUCGGAUCGUUCGCUCCCGUCAGACCCGAGUCCUGGUGCAGAUGGUUUGUGGACGGAGCAGGCUACUUUGACGCAGUGGCUUCGGCGAUCGCUGAAGCAAAGGAGGAGAUAUUCAUCACAGACUGGUGGCUGAGUCCUGAGAUCUACCUGAAGCGACCGGCUACACAGUGCGGCAGCUGGCGUCUCGAUCUGCUACUAAAACGCAAAGCUGAUGAAGGAGUAAAGGUAUUUGUCCUGCUAUAUAAGGAGGUAGAGGUUGCCCUGGGCAUCAACUCAGCCUACAGCAAGAUUUCCCUCACACAGAAGAACCCAGACAACAUCAAGGUGCUGCGUCACCCUGACCACGCCCCCGGGACGGGAACCUUCCUCUGGGGUCACCACGAGAAGCUGGUGAUUGUAGAUCAAGCGAUCGCCUUCGUCGGGGGACUGGACAUGUGCUACGCGCGCUGGGACGACAACAAGCACAGACUGACCGAUCUGGGAGAGGGUCCACUACUGCCUGCUGGCAUACAGUCUGGCCUGCAGGAGUCAGGUAUGGCUGACCUGUUGGUGAGGCUGACAGGUGUACACAUGAAGCCUGGCAACGAUCCAGCUACCAACACAGAAAAGGCAAAGUUUGACGACUAUUUUCCACUCCUUUUGCCGAAAUCUUACGACAACAUCACGAUUCUACCCGAGUGGAAAUGCAAUGCUAUCAAUUGCCAAGUCCAGGUUCUGCGCAGUGUGAGUAACUGGUCCAUUGGUAUAAAGAAAACUGAGGAUUCCAUCCACCAGGCUUAUCUGACAGCCAUCAGAGAAUCUAAAUACUUCAUCUACAUAGAGAAUCAGUUCUUCAUCACACAGAUGGACAGCACUGUUGUGAUUAACGGCAUUGCUCAGGCUCUGUUCGAUCGCAUCCGGCAGGCUCACGAGGCAGGCGAGAACUUCAGGGUGUACGUCGUGAUGCCCCUCCUGCCAGGCUUCGAGGGAGAAGUAGGAGCUCCUAGCGGCUACGCGAUUCAGGCUGUCACUCACUGGCAGUACACCUCCAUCUCGCGCGGCGGCAAUUCCCUGCUGGAGAGAUUGAGCGCAGCUGGAAUACCUUCUCAAGAGUACAUCAGCUUCCAUGGCACGCGUACGCACGGGGAACUGAGGGGACAACCGGUAUCUGAGCUGAUCUACAUCCACAGCAAGAUGUUGAUCGUAGACGAUCGCCUCUGCAUCAUAGGUUCUGCCAACAUCAACGAGCGCAGCAUGCGUGGCAGCAGGGACAGCGAGACAGCGGCCAUCUUUGAAGACACGGAGUUUGUUCCGUGUACGUUCGAUGGCAAGGAAGGUCAGAGGGGACUGUUCGUGGGUUCACUCCGCACACAGGUGUUCAGGGAGCUGCUUGGCUUGAUGGACGUCAGUGGAGGUGCUGAUGUUGUUGCCGACCCGGUCAGCGAUCACUUCUACACGCACGUGUGGAUGACGACGUCAGCCAUCAACACACGCGUCUUUGACCAGGUGUUCAACUGCAUCCCGACAGACCUCGUGCGCACGUUUGAGCAGUUGGCCGACUACAAAGAAAGGGCAAAGCGCCACCUGGCGAUCACGGACGUUGAUGCAGCAAGAGAGCAGCUGUUGAGGGUCAAGGGAUAUCUCGUCUUCUUGCCUCUGCAUUUCCUAGCUGACGUGGACAUAAGACCGCCAGCUACAACGAAAGAGGGGCUCGUGCCAGACAUGCUCUGGACGUGAGGGAUCGCUUUCCUCAGCUAUCAUCAAGAGAUGACUACGGUUGAGGACUUGCCCUUGACGUAAGGUCACCAGCCACCAAGGAGUGGAGCUAUCGAUUAGGGUGUGCUGCAAACAUGCAGCCACCAUCCUUCACCAAGGAGGGGGCUAUAGGGGAGAGCAUACCAUAUGUUUAUAACCAUUGCCAGCAGCAGCAUCAGUAAUAGUAGUAGUAGCAGCAGCAGCAGCAGCAGCACAGCCCCAGCAACAGCUGCAGCAGGAGUACCACCAUCAUCAUCAUCAUCAUCAGCCGCAGUAGCAAUAGUUCAUGGUAAUAGCUACAUGUACACAAUAUGUUCAUGACACUCACUUCAUGAGUAAUUGCACAAUUAUUUCGACAGUAUAUGUAAACGUGUUAAUAAUAUUCACGGACUGUACUUACUUUUGUCUGGAAAUUUAGUUUACUACUUGCCCCCCCCCCCCGAAACGGUAUCUUUAGACUUUUCUGACCCAUAUUCAUGAAGCACUUACGUAUCAUUAUUAGCACUUACCAGUAUAAUAUAGUAUGCAUACAUACAUCAGUGUUCAUUAUAAUGCGACCAGCUGGACUGUAUUGCAGUGUACAAAUGUAAGAAGUGUGUACAUGCGCUACGUGUAUAAAUUUAUCCAGCCGAUUAUAUGGCAUCUGACGCGCAAUAAAAGCAGAUGUGAGAUGGAUGAGACACACACUGCAGGUAUUUACGCAUGCAUGGGCUCUCCCUUCCUUUACGUGUAGUUCGUACUCUUUUCGCUGAAACGUGGGUCACUUCCUCACUCGACACAACUAGUUUGAUAACCAAUUUACCCAGGGCAAGCGUAAAAACAUGAAUUAACUUCAGUCUCAGAGUUUCACACUUGCUGUCGAAAUGUCGAUAAUAAAAAGAAUAAAUAAUAUAAAAAAUCUAUAUAAAUUGCAUACUGCCUUUGAUAAUACCAAGUGCAUACCCCUUAUUGCAGCUCUGUGAUUAGUGAGUUCUUGAUAAAAUCAAUAAUGACGACUACAAUAAGAGAAUGACUGUUCUGUAUAUCUUGCUGAUAAAAAUCUUCAUUACAAUGCGCGAAAAUUCGAAUGCAGCCAACACCUUUCAUUGGCAGCACUGUCUCCUGUCAAAAUUGCUAUAGUAUGCUGCGAAAUAUAUAUUAUAUAUAUAUAUCAAUGUAUAUAAUAACACUGUUAUUAUAUCCAGCUCCGUGGUAUCAAUAAAGUGUACAUGGAAGACUUCUACUACAUAGACUGUACUACUGGCUUGUUGGCAACAAUAUGUAAAAACAACAGAAGUAGAUAUAUAGCUAUAUAUAUAAUACUUUUGACAGUGGAUGCAUUUAUUAUUAAAUGUACAAAUCUACAUACCUAUGGUGAUAAAUAAUGACAGAAUCACACUAGCUAACAACCAGUAGAUGUCAACGAAAAGACAAAACUUUGGUUACAGAAAUGGUAUAGGGAGGGGGUCGGGAAUAGAAUGGACGUAGUAAGAGUGAUAAGUCAGAUGGUAGUGACAUCUGUUGGAUGGACCUGCAUACCAGCGUGGCGCUUGUGAGAAUUGCCUACUGCCACCAGCUAUGCCUACAGGCUGUGUUGUAAGCUGUUGUAGUCUGUUGCAGCUAUGUCUACAGGCGGUUGUAGUAUGUUGCAGCUAUGUCUACAGGCGGUUGUGAGCUGUUGUAGUAUGUUGUAGCUAUGUCUACAGGCGGUUGUGAGCUGUUGUAGUAUGUUGCAGCUAUGUAUACAGGCAGUUGUGAGCUGUUGUAGUAUGUUGUAGCUAUGUCUACAGGCGGUUGUGAGCUGUUGUAGUAUGUUGCAGCUAUGUCUACAGGCGGUUGUGAGCUGCUAUAGCUGUCUGAUUCUGCUGUAAGCUGUUGUAGCUGUCUUUGGUUGUGUUGUAGUCUGUUGCAGCUAUGUCUACAGGCUGUUGUAAGCUGUUGUAGCUGUCUUUGACUGUGUUGUAGUCUGUUGUAGCUUGUCUCCUGGCUGUGUUGUAGACUGUUGUAACUAUGUCUACAGGCUGUGUUGUAGACUGUUGUAGGCUGUUGUAGACUGUUAUCUAGUGAUCGUGUUGUUACUUGUAGUCUGUUGUUGCUUUAUCUAGAGAUUGUGUUGUAAUCUGCUGUUGCUUUUUUAGAUAUUGCAUUGUAAUCUGUUGCUGCUUAAUCGAAUGAUUGUGUUGUAGUCUGUUGUUGCUUUAUCUAGAAUUUGUGUUGUAGUCUGUUGUUGCUUUAUCUAGAAUUUGUGUUGUAGUCUGUUGUUGCUUUAUCUAGAAUUUGUGUUGUAGUCUGUUGUUGCUUUAUCUAGAAUUUGUGUUGUAGUCUGUUGUUGCUUUAUCUAGAAUUUGUGUUGUAGUCUGUUGUUGCUUUAUCUAGAAUUUGUGUUGUAGUCUGUUGUUGCUUUAUCUAAAGGUUAUGUAGUAGUCUGUGGUGGCUGUGUAUACAGGUUAUGACGCAGUUAUAUCUAUAUACAAGGAUAGAUAACUACAGUCACUACAGUACUGUUACACCAACAGUAAAGCCAUGUUGACCUCAGACACAGUAAUUACGUUAGCUCAACGAUGUUCACAUGUCUGCCAGCGAUCGCACAGAUCGUCUGCUAGCAAUUUUGAAGCUUACUCGGUGUGUGGUGGAAUGAAUCUGCUUGAAGGUCAGGGAUCGGGUUAAAGAGAGGUAGCUGACACAAAAACACUUCACAACUACUUAAACGCAUGGCAGCAUGCAGCUGUAGCUGCCUCCACAGGGGGGCAGCACGACCAGCCAAGUCAGUGCAGGUGGCGUUAGUAGCUACCUAGCGGUCGGCAUAUGUUUCCAUGAACCAGAGUAUCCGCGUGACUAGCAUGCUAGUCACGGAUGCGGUAACAA